AUGAGAGUUUUUAAUCCAAACUCCGAGGCGUACCUAACUGAUAAAAACAAGCCCCAUCUGGUGCCGUGGUCAGAGAGAUUCUUCAUCUUGACUCUGGCUGUGGUUGGAUGUGCCGUCGCCGAUUCGGGCUACAACUACAAUGCUCCAGCUGCCGCCCCCGCUCCCGUGAGAUCGUACUCGGCCCCCCGCCAGUAUGCCGCCUCUGCCCCGGCUCCUGUUUUCCAGCAGGCUGCCUCUGCUCCCGCUCCAGCUAGGACCUAUGUGCCCCCAGCCCCCGCUGCCUCCGCCCCUGUGCAGAGCUUCGCCCCCGCUCCAGCGCCAGUUGCUGCCCCUGCACCCGCUCCCGUCUUCCAGCCAGCCGCCUCUGCUCCUGCCCCCGUGCGCACCUAUGUGCCCCCUGCUCCCGUCCAGCACCAUGCCGCUGCCUCUGCUCCAGCUCCCGUUCAGUCCUUUGCCCCCAGUUUCUCGGCCCCAGCACCCGCCCCAGCCCCUGUUCAGUCCUUUGCCCCCGCCGCCGCUCCUGCCUUCGAGUCCUCCGGCCCAGUGUUCGAGGCCGCCGCUUCCGCCCCCUCGGCAGCCCGUUCCGGCUACGAUUAUGCCCAGCCCGCCGCCAGCCAGCAGGGAUACAAGUACAAGACCGUCCGUCGUCGUGUGUUCAAGCACCGUGCUUAA